CGCUAGCUCGCCUCACUUAUGGGUCGGAAGCGCUGCGUGGGGGAGACUGUUCCAAGAUGGCGGCGGGCUGCUGUGGGGUGAAGAAGCAGAAACUGUCCAGUUCGCCCCCCUCUGGCUCUGGUGGCGGUGGUGGCGCCUCCUCCUCCUCCCACUGCAGCGGAGAGAGCCAGUGCCGAGCUGGGGAACUGGGACUAGGAGGCGCCGGUACAAGGCUCAACGGUCUAGGAGGUCUAGCCGGAGGAAGCAGUGGCAGCGGCUGUACCCUGUCUUCCCCCCAGGGCUGCAGCGGCGGUGGCGGGGGUAUCUCCCUGUCGCCACCUUUGAGCUGCGGAGUAGGAACGCUACUUUCUACCCCGUCCGCCGCCACUGCUUCUUCGCCCUCUUCAGCGUCUGCCGCCUUGUCCUCCUCGCCGGGCUCCCGGAAGAUGGUGGUGUCAGCGGAGAUGUGCUGCUUUUGCUUCGAUGUGCUCUACUGUCACCUGUACGGAUACCAGCAGCCCCGGACCCCCAGGUUCACCAACGAGCCCUACCCACUGUUUGUAACAUGGAAGAUUGGUCGAGACAAAAGAUUACGUGGAUGCAUAGGUACUUUUUCUGCCAUGAAUUUGCAUUCAGGACUCAGGGAGUACACACUUACCAGUGCCCUUAAAGAUAGCCGUUUCCCCCCAAUGACAAGGGAUGAGCUGCCACGGCUUUUCUGCUCAGUGUCUCUGCUCACUAACUUUGAAGAUGUCUGUGAUUAUUUGGACUGGGAGGUGGGUGUACAUGGCAUUAGAAUAGAGUUCAUCAAUGAAAAAGGAUCAAAACGCACCGCCACCUACCUACCAGAGGUUGCAAAGGAGCAAGGAUGGGACCACAUUCAGACUAUAGACUCCUUACUGAGGAAAGGAGGAUACAAAGCUCCAAUUACUAAUGAAUUCAGGAAAACCAUAAAACUGACCAGGUACCGUAGUGAAAAGAUGACCUUGAGUUAUGCUGAAUACCUUGCUCAUCGCCAGCAUCAUCACUUCCAAAAUGGCAUUGGGCAUCCCCUUCCUCCAUACAACCAUUAUUCCUGACACUGAGCCGCACAACCAGUCAUUGGGCCUCUCUGCAGACCUCUUCCCAGGAGACCCUCCACCUUCUUGGUCUAGCUAUCUCUUUUACUGUACCAUUUUAUGAUGAUAGUUUCCGUUGCCAUGGUGAAACUUCGACAUUGUCAUUUAAGAUCAUCAUGGUAACGGGUAGGAAAGUGACAUUUGUUAAGAAGAUCUUGUUUUCUUAUUUUUAAGCAUUGAUUUUUUUUUGCAGCAUCAUGUAUAACUUUUGGGAUUUUUCUUUUCUUACAAUAUUAGAUAGAAUUUUGCUUUGCUAUCUCAAACAGGUUUGUCUUUAUUGCCUUUCAUCCUUUACUUUUUCUUCCUUCCUUCCCACCUUCUUUUUUGACUGUGGAUGGAAGAAAGUGUGCAGUUUUUAAGGAUCUUGUUUAGAUUUGUCUAGUAAGUUUUCCUCAGUAAGAGAGUUAUGUUUUGGUAGAUGGGUUUGGGAGUAAUUCAUAUCAAAUUCAGGUCUUUGUAUAUUACUCUUGAAUUUGCCUAAAAUUCCCUUUGCUAUGACAGCUUCAUAUUUAGGUCAUCAUUCCUUAAAAAUUUAUUUUUCCUGUGGUUAAUAUAUAUGAAUGUUAGUAACAAACAUUUAAAGAUACAUGAUAGGGCUUGUCACAGAGAAAAAGAACCAUUUAUGCCUACUAUGCUGGUUGUCAUGAAAGACUGCCUCACCCCAUUAUAGAAUCAGUUCAUAAACUAAAUCACUGUUUUAAGAAAGUACCUUUCAAAUAUGCUACAGAAAUCAUUUUGAAAAGCAGCAAAUAUUAGGAAGAAAACAGAUGCAGAACUUAGUGCCUUUGAGAAGACUAUAAAAUUAAGAGGGGUUCAAAAAGGCAAUGUAGAGAAAUAUUCUUGUAAAAUUUAUUGUUUCUAUAUGGGAAACAAGAGAUUAGACAAAUUCCUUACUCUUAAUGUAUUUUUUUAGCUGAAAAAGUUAUUUUGAGCAAAUAACCAAAAGACAUUUGUCUAUUUUCUAUUAAGUUAAAUUUGUUAGGUUAAGGUUUCAGGAAGUCACAAUUGGCCAGAGAUAGUUUUCACUACCAUCUAAAGAUAUGGUAAAGAUAAUCUAGUGAAACAAAAGUUCAUACAACCAUGACUUCAAAUAUGUUUGCUUGCCGUGGAGACAAUACCAGAGUUUCAGAGAGCCUAUAAAAUAGUUUGAAUCUCUUUCUGCACUACAUACUUUUGAUAGAAACACAUUUGCUUUGUUGAUAAGAUGUUCUGUCAUACCUGUAAAGAUGUGGUUGGCAUUCAAUUAUGCUAAAGGUUAGAGCCUAGCUCAUAUGUGGGGCAAGUCUUCCCAUGAUGAGCACAAGGAAAAAUUAGUGAUGUCAACAGAAGGUCUAUAUGUAUAUCCCCAGGGGAAAAAAAAACAUAAAUAAUUUUGGCAAAAGAUGGCCUUGACUUUAUGGUAAUAUAUAUAGAGAUAGAGAUAGAUAGAUAUAUAUUUGGGGAAAAUAUAUAAUUUUCAAACAGGAAAUUGGUGUAUCAAGUGAUAAAAGUAUGCUGCAGAAUAUAUAUUCUAAAACUGUAGAAAUGUCUCUGAAUAUUGAAAUGAUGUAGCUUAUACAUAUAGUUGCUGUGACAAGUGACAGACUGCUAAUUCAGAAUUCAGAACCCUUUUUCUAGUUCAUGAGCUAGUUGGCUGACUCCCUUCUGCUUGCCACUGGGGCAAAGCACACUACUUUAGUGUUUGAUGAGAAUUCUUAGAAGUUUGAUGGUGUUCUUUCAUCCACAGCAUCCAUUAUUUAAACAACCAUUUUCAGUUGAGAUGCCUUAAGAAGCCAAUUGCUAGAUAGCCUGAAAUGCAAUCUAGGUAGCCAGUUCCACUGAAAAGAGAUGAGUCAGGAAAAUGAAAUCCUUAGACUUUAAAAGAAAUGAAUUCAAAAUGCAGUCGUUUCUACUUGGGAGCAUUUUGGAAUAGAUUAGUCUUUCAGUAUAAAAAUAGGAGGCUACCUGAUAGGAACUAUUUUGCCCUUAUAGGGAAACUGAGCACAAGCUGAAUGAUACUGUUUGCUGCAAAAAAGGUAAAUGAAACAAACUAAAGAGAGACAAAAUAGACCUAGACCAAUAUUAUUGUGAAAUCCAUCUUAACUAUCAUCUCAUCAGUUCAGCAGGCUCCUCAUCCUGGGUGAGCUUAUGGUUAGAAGUUUGUUUGUUUUUUAAAGAAAAGAUCUAUCACACACAUAUGUGUGUAUGUGUACACAUUACUUACAUACACCUACACACAUAUGUGUGUAUUUAUGUAUUUAACGGUGCUAAUCAAUCUUGAGCAGGUCACGUGACUGGUCAUGCGGACUCUAAAAUCAUAUCAGAUUUUUUAAAAUUCUUGAUAUAUGCAGAUGUUAUACAGAUUUUCAUACCAGUGUAAUAAUGUUAUACUGAAGAUAUAACCAUCCUGCAGGCUUCAAAGGACGAGGUCAGCAAUAUUUCCCACCAUGGCUUGGGGGAAAAAGGAUAGUUUUGUCUCCUUUUGUAUUAAAGUUGAUGCACAAUGCAUUUUUUGUGUCUAAGUAGCUGUUGACUAAAAGACUUUGUAGUGUAAAGGGUGUUAUACAAACUGUAAUGGUGUGCUUUAAACAAAUGCUAGACCUUUUCACCUUUCACCUUUGUUGUAUAUUACAAAGCUGUUAAAUAUGUGGUUUGACUUAACUUUGAACAUGUGGAACUACGUAGCAUGUGUCUUUAACUUGGACAAACAUUCUAAUUGCACAGGUUAUGUUCUAGCCAGUUGUGGUUUAUUCGUUGAGAAACACAAAUGUGAAUUGCACUCUUACUCACCGGAAUAUCGUAUAAGUUCAGUGAUCUUUAAAUGCUCAGAAGUAAUACUUGAACUUCAUAUUGAGUAGCACAAAGUUUACAUAGCCCCUUGUAAAUGUUAACUAGUUACACUUUUCUGUUUUCCAAUGUAACUGGGUAUUUUUUCCUCUUGGAAAAUAGUAUGUGUGUUUUGGUAUGUAGCAAAAGGCUUCCAUUUCUGGAAAGGUUUUUUUGUUCUUAAAGUCAGCCAGGUACCAGAUUCUAAAGGAAUAAUUGUCCCCUCUCCCCCACCCUUCAAGUGGCCUUCUGAUUGCGCUGAGAACAUGCUACUGCCCUCUCUAGUCUCCCCUACCUUAAGAGGACAGUAAAAUUGAUGGGGGAAGUACAAAGCUUGCUCUCUUCCCUCACUCUACUUAAAACAUUUGUGAAGUUUUCAGUCCAGUGCAUACAGUCCCGAUGCCCAGCACACCGGAAGUUUGUAUACCGGCCUCUUGUCUUCAAAUGUGCAAGAAAUUUGAAACUGUCAUCUGGAAUAGAUUCCAUCUCUUAUGUGUGUUAGAUCAAACCAAAGAAGCCCCCAGCCAUGCCCAAAUGCUGCUCCAAAAGCCUGCCUUCCAGUCCUUACAAAAAACCUUGCAGGAUUAUGUGUGUUCACUUUUUUAUUUUUGUACAGUUUCUAAGUGAUUUUUGCUAGUGAUGUUAAAUUGAAUUAAGUUUAUUUGAGGGGUGUGAAUGCCUCCUCCAUUUAAAUAAACUGGUGACUUUCCUUUUAUUUUUUAAAAGUGGAAACCCAUUGUGUGCCUCUCGAUUUAAGGGUUUCUGAUUACAUUAUUCUUAAGACCAGCAUUGAUUCUUUAUAUACAAAGAUAUGUUUUCCUUGUUUUUUAUUACUGUUUCAGAAAAAAAAAACUUUUAUUUUGCUCUGGACCCAGUAAACUACGCUGGUAUAUAGAUGAUGCACUGAGAAAAUAAAACUUUUGUAACCACCUCUAACUGCUUUUGUAUAUCAAAGUUGAUUACUUUUGAAAUAUUUGGAUCUAGUUUCUAAGUUAUUUUAGUGUUUUAUAUGUUCCCCAAAAUUAUGUUGAAUAGGUCACCAGCAUAUUGAGUUAUUGGUGAGAUUGUACUGAGCAAAAAGCUACCUGGAGUAGCUCCUAUUUUCCUUCUUUCUUAGUAACCUGUCUUUUGAUUACAGUAAGACAUCACAGAUUACCCAAAAUCCCCUUCACAUAUAACUAGGUCCUCCUUCCUUCCACAUUUAAUUGCUUAAUAGUUUGAAGAAACUAUUGGAAAUGGGCAUUUUAUAUGACAUGUAUGGCUUUAAAAUAUUAAAAAAAAUGUGCAAAAAGAAAAAAAAUAUAAGGUUUAUGUGGGUCUGUAAGGUAUGGCUGUGGAAAGAUAUUGUAGUAGUUUUGACACUAUUGUUAUUACCUUUAAAAUCAUUUACCCAAUAAAAUGUUAAAAUCAA